AUGAAAGGCAUACAAACUGGUAUACCUACUAUCCACUCUGCGCUCGACAAACUCGACAAACUCGCCAAUGAUCCGAAACGACUCGAUGUUGACCGGUCACGUUUCGACAGAGAGGUAUCAUAUGUUUCCAACCAAUCGCACAAUUCAACAGCAUCUCUGAGUCCCGGUAGCCCUUCCGAAGUGCAACGACGCGAGAGGCAACAGCGCCGCGAUCGUGAGAAAUGGCAAUUGAUGAAGGAACACGAUGCUUCACGCGCCAAUGAGCAAUUUGAUGCUCAAGUUUACGAGUUAGAAGCUCUGAUAAUAGAAGAAAUUGAGAAUCGAACACGUGAAAUACCCAACGGGACGAAUAUGAACAACCUCGCCCAUGAGACAGUGAAGAACAAGUGGAUGAAACAAGGCAUCUGGAAUGAAGAAUGGGACCAUAUAGCUCAGCCCUGGUGGGUUUGGAUGCAUGAAGAUUCACCUAAAGCAACUCAAGCACCCUAUCUCAAUCCGCCCUAUAACCUAAAAGGAGAAAAAUUGUUGACUACAAGAUUGGGGAACAAAAAGGUACCCCGCGGAGACGAGCCCUCGCGCCCAUUCCAUCAAUUCAUCUAUCAGAUAUCAGAGGAGCGCGAACGAAUUGAAAAGGACUGUGUCGCUUCAUCUGGCACCGUUCCUGUUUCCCCCUCAGAGGAUGUCAACACCAAAGCUUAUGAGACUGUGAAAAGUACAUGGCUUAGAAGAGGCAUUUGGAAUAAUCAAUGGGGUAUAUUGCCUGGGAUGGCUUGGAAGCAUGAAAGCCCUUUGAAGAUACCAGAUACUGAUUGCGAGUUGACUCCAAGUCCGACGGAGUCUAACGAGAAACUUAUCUUCAAGCCGGAAGAUGGAAGUGCGCUUUCCGAUGCGCCUCCAUCUGGCCAGGCAGAUGGACCUUGUUCCAGCAAGGGAAAUAAAAAGAGGAAAGGGGUGGCUGCUCCUGUUGAGAAGGGAUCGCUUCUUGCUGGCUCGUUGCCUGCUCAAGCAGACAGCCCCUCUGCAGUUGGUGGCAGGGGAGCUAGUAAGAGGAGAAGGGCAGCCGCUCCUAUCGACAUGAAAAAGCCAACCCGAAAAUUUUCCAAAACCGUCAAGCGUGAGACAUCAAGAUUCAACCCUGCAGUGGAUGACUCGAACCCCCGAUUAAAUAUGCAUGAAGGGAGUCGUGAUACUGGGAGACGUAGAAGCACACGGGUACGGAAUCGGGCUAAAUGA